AUGAUCAAACUUAAGAUGUAAUAUCUAAUUAUAUAAGCAGUGUAAUAGGUAACUGAUGAUGAUGAAGUAGUCAGCUUAGAAUAUGUCAAUAAAAAAGCAGAUUCUCUUUUGAGAUGGGCAAAUACUCUUGACAAGUAAAUCUUUAGCGAAAAGUAACUAAGAAAGAAUCUACUCAAAAUUAAGAUGAAUGAUAAGGACAUUGAUAUCUUGAUUACUCAUAUGAGAUUUAAAAAUCUUCUAAAACAAACAGAAGUCAUCAUCAAUGGCUAAAAGACGAAUCUUAUUAAGCUAAAUACUUAUUAAACAAAAGAAGACAUGUCUAUAACUGAUAAAGAAAAAGCUACAUUUGUUCUUUAACAAAAUAUAGAGCAAAUAGACGAUAAAAUAGAUUAACUUCAUCUCAAAAUUGAAAAGAUUAAUCAAGAUGUUUAGAAAUCCAUAAAAAUGAAAAGCACUAAAAAUGGAAUCGUUCUCUUGUCAUAGCGGAAAAAAUUAGUUGCAUUUUGGGAAAGGCUUACAACUCAAAAGCAUUUGCUUGAGGAUUAGCUUAUGAAUAUUGAAGAGCUUUAGAGUUAGAGUGUUAUUUAUGAUGCUUUGAACUUGGCAGAGCAAGCUGGUAAAAGUCUUAAUAAAGAUAUAGACUAAUAUGAAGAUCUUUUUGAUAAGAUGGAGGAGUAAUAGCAAAACUAGAGAUAGAUCAAUGAAUUUAUUCAAGAAAAGUCUAGCAUGAGUAAGGAUGAGGAAGCUAGUAUAUUAAAAGAACUAGAAGAGCUAGAAGCUGGAAACGUGAUUGAGGAAUUAAACUAUAAUCCUCUUCCUGUAAAAGAGCCAGCAUUUGAAAAGGAAAAAUCAAAAUAGGACUAACUAGAUUAAGAGCUGGAAUUGCUUGAAUAGUAAUUAGCUGAACUCAAUGUAGUGGGUGAUGAUUCAAGCUAAUAAACUGAGGCAUCUUUAAAUAGAAAUAAUCAAGAGGAGAGUAAAGAGCAAAUUGGUCUUGAAAGAAGGAAAACUCUAGUUUACAACUGA